UCACUCACUCACUCGCUCACUCUCUCUCUCUUCCACUGCUCAGCUCCGGGCCCAUUGGUCGCCUGCCUUCACCGAUUAUCUCCUCGCUUCCUUCCUUCCUUCCUUCCUUCCCCGGCUGUCUCUCCCUCGCUCCCUCUCUCUCUCUCUUUCCUCCUCCUCUCUUUCCCUCCGUGCCUGCUGUCUUUCAACUCAUAAAAAUGAUUUGCAUACAGGAGGAGAGAAGAACUUUCCAGUGAGAGAGAGUGAACAAGAGAAACACAGAGAAAGAGAGAGUGUGUUUUUGCGUGAACGCAAGAAGUGAGAGGGAGAGAGAAGAAGAGGAGGAGGCACUUCAAGAAGGAGCUGCAGAAAAUAAAAGUUUGAGAGAAGACAACAUUUUGAAACUGAAAAUGAACUUGGAGGAGACGUGGUGAACCGUCGCUCUUGUCUUACGUCUACUGAGGUGGGCAGAGGAGGACGCAGAGGUCUGGACCAAAGAACAAUCAAGCCUCGAGUUCAUUUCAGAUGGAGGUGGAUGUGCCAGACGAGAAGCGCCAUCGCACCCGUUCCAAAGUGCCCGUGGAACCAGCAAUACAAGAGCUGUUCAGCUGCCCAACACCAGGUUGUGACGGGAGUGGGCACGUCAGUGGAAAAUAUGCAAGACACCGAAGUGUGUACGGCUGCCCGCUGGCCAAGAAGAGGAAAUCGCAUGACAGGCAGCCUCAGGAGCCUGCCCCCAAGAGGAAGGCCUUCCUGGCGCACUUAGACAACUCCUCCAUGGAGGAGUGCUACGAGACCGACGGCACCGAGGACAUGGAGGAGCGAGUGGAGGACGAGGAGGAGGAGGAGGACGAUGAUGAGGAAGAGGAGGAGGAGGAAGAAGAAGAGGAGGAGGUCUACUCGGAGGACAAUGAGGAGCACGUGGAGCAGGAGGAUGGCGAAGUGGAGAGAGGAGAGGAAGAGGAGGAAGGAGAGGAGGAAGAGGAGCAGGAGGAGGAGUGCAUAGAAGAAGAGGAGGGUGAGGAGGGAGAGGAAGAGGAAGAGGAAGAUGAUGAGGAUGAUGAUGAAUAUGAGCAGAAUAGCCAAGAAUCAGAGGAGGAUCAUUUGAACAACGGCUACGCCAAAUCUGGCCCAGCGGGGGAGAAGGACGACAACAAUAACGACGAGUAUGAGAACUAUGACGAGCUGGUGGCCAAGUCGCUGUUGAACCUGGGCAAGAUAGCAGAGGACGCUGCCAACCGGGCGAUGACUGAGUCUGAGAUGAACAGCAACUCGUCCAACAGUGCUGAGGAGGAGGAGGACGAUGAGGAAGACGAGGAGGAGGAAGAUGAUGAAGAGGAGGAGGAGGAAGAUUAUGAGAACGAAGGAGGCUCCAGGAAAGGUGAGCUGAGUCUGGAUGUGGACAGUGAUGUGGUGCGGGAGACAGUGGACUCUCUCAAGCUGCUGGCGCAAGGACAUGGGGCAGUGCUGUCCAACAACCUGGACGAGGGGGCCUUCGACGAAGACAGGGGUCUAGAGAAUGGAGAUGGCUGCAUUGGAGCGAACAGCACCAAUGGGCAGGCCGGAGGCUGCGGUCGCGGGGGUUUCGGCGGCGGUGCGCACGGGGGCGGCCAGGGCAAGUCGACUAGCAACGGGCAGCCGGUGGAGGAGAGCGACGAGGACGUGUGUCUGAGCAGCCUGGAGUGCCUGCGCAACCAGUGCUUCGACCUGGCCCGCAAGCUCAGCGAGACGCAGUCGACUGACCGCUCGUCCACGCUGGCGCAGCAGACGCUGCAGACCCUGCAGCACCAGCAGCAGCAGCAGCACCACCUGGACAGCCAGUCGCACCACGGCUUCGGCGACUGCCAGCAGCAGCAGCAGCCCAGCCCCGAGGAGCGCCGCGCCCUGGAGCGCAACUACUCGGACAUGGUCAACCUGAUGAAGCUGGAGGAGCAGCUGAGCCCGCACUCCAAGGCCUUCGCCAGCUGCGCGCGCGAGCGCCACGACGCCUACUUCGACCGCGACGAGGACACCACGUCCAUCACGUCCGACCGCUCCGAGGAGGUCUUUGACAUGACCAAGGGCAACCUGUCGCUGCUCGAGAAGGCCAUCGCGCUCGAGUCCGAGCGAGCCAAGGCCAUGCGCGACAAGAUGGCCCUGGACUCGGCGCGACGAGGCGGCAUGCGGAUGCACGACGACCACCACGGUCAUCGCCACGGCCACGGCCACAGCUACGGAGAGGAUCGCAAGCCGCGGAUGCAUCACGAUGGCAUGAAGAAACCUUACUACCCAAAAGAUUCUUCUCGCUCAGACAAGAAGGAGAGCCGGUGCCCGACGCCUGGGUGCGAUGGGACGGGUCAUGUGACUGGUCUUUACCCCCAUCACCGAAGCCUGUCGGGGUGUCCUCACAAAGACAGGGUGCCACCAGAAAUUCUUGCAAUGUAUGAAAAUGUUCUUAAGUGUCCUACACCCGGCUGCACAGGACGCGGCCAUGUCAAUAGCAACAGGAACUCCCACAGAAGCCUCUCGGGGUGCCCCAUUGCAGCGGCAGAGAAGCUGGCCAAAGCCCACGAGAAGCACCAGUCAUGCGACGGAAGCAAGUCGAACCAAGGCUCAGAUAGGGUGCUGAGGCCGAUGUGCUUUGUGAAGCAGCUAGAGAUCCCUCAGUAUGGACACAACGUGCCCACCACCACCCCACGCUCCAACCUGGCCAAAGAGCUGGAGAAGUACUCCAAGACCAGCUUCGACUACAACAACUACGACAGCCAUGGGGUGUACGGAAAACGGGCCAUCGCACCCAAGGUCCAGGGCCGAGACACGUCCCCCAAAGGAUAUGAUGCCAAGCGCUACUGCAAGACCUCCAGUUCAGCAAGCAGCACAGCCAGCAGCUACGCGCCGAGCAGCAGCGGCAGCAGCCUGAGUUGUGGUGGAGGAGGAGGUGGAGGAGGAGGAGGAGGUGGAGGAGGAGGAGGUGGGGGCAGCAGCGCUAGCAGCACCUGCAGCAAGAGCAGCUUCGACUACACGCACGACAUGGAGGCGGCGCACAUGGCCGCCACCGCCAUCCUCAACCUGUCCACGCGCUGCCGCGAGCUGCCCCAGAGCCUGGGCGCGGGCAAACCCCAGGAGCUCUGCCCACGGAACUUGGACUUAGAGUUGGAUGAGAACGGCACGCUGGACCUGAGCGUGAGUAAGGCGGUGGCAGUGGCGCCGCACCACCAGCAGAGGGAGCCGCCGCCACCUCACGGCCAGCCGCCGCAGCUGUGCGAGCGGGAGGGCAGCUGUGCCGUGCUCACGCCGCUGGAGCCCAUGUCGCCCCGCCGCCAGGCCCUGCUCAGCGGCCACUGCUACCCCCUGGGCCAGGCCGACUGCUGGGACCCGCACCUCGACUACGCCAAGAUCAAAUGCAUCGACGAGGACGACCCCAAAGAGCCUGAUGACCUGGACCCCUUCCAGGACAUUCUGGACGAGAGCCCCUAUGCCGGCGAUGUCAACCUCCCGAGUCCGAAGCCGAAGUUCGCCCCCUGCAAAGAAAGCAAAAAGGACCUGAUAACUCUUUCAGGUUGUCCUUUAGCUGACAAAAGCAUUCGAAGCAUGAUGGCCACCAACUCACAAGAACUCAAGUGCCCGACUCCGGGCUGCGAUGGCUCGGGACAUAUUACUGGGAACUACGCCUCCCACAGAAGUCUAUCGGGAUGUCCCAGGGCACGGAAGAGUGGCAUUAAGAUAACACACAGCAAAGAAGACAAAGAGGACCAGGAACCAAUCAGGUGUCCGGUACCUGGUUGUGAUGGGCAGGGUCACGUGACGGGGAAGUAUGCGUCGCACCGCAGCGCUUCGGGAUGCCCGCUGGCCGCCAAGCGGCAGAAGGACGGCUACAUGAACGGCUCGCAGUUCACGUGGAAGGCCGGGAAGACGGACGGCAUGUCCUGUCCCACCCCUGGUUGUGACGGCUCGGGGCACGUGAGCGGCAGCUUCCUGACACACCGCAGUCUGUCGGGAUGUCCCCGCGCCACGUCGGCCAUGAAGAAAGCCAGACUGUCAGGGGUGGAGAUGUUAACGCUAAAGCAGCGGCCCAGCAACGGACUAGAGAAUGAUGAAGAGAUAAAACAGCUGGAUGAAGAAAUCAAAGAUUUAAGUGAAUCUAAUUCACAGGUGGAGGCAGAUAUGAUCAAACUCCGAACACAGAUUACCACAAUGGAGACUAAUCUGAAGUCGAUAGAGGAAGAAAACAAGGUGAUUGAACAGCAAAAUGAAUCUCUCCUGCAUGAGCUGGCCAACCUGAGCCAGUCACUGAUUAACAGUUUAGCUAAUAUCCAGCUCCCUGAUAUGAAACCGCUGCAACACAAAGAGGCACCCAUUAGAAAUAACAGCUGCUUACAGUUGCACCAGAGAGAGCCAAUCAGCGAGCAAAACUUUGAUGCGUAUGUGACAACACUGACAGAUAUGUACACAAAUCAAGAUCAAUACCAGAGUCCAGAAAAUAAAGCCCUGUUGGAAAAUAUCAAGCAAGCGGUACAAGGAAUACAAGUGUAGCCACCCAUCAAGUGGAAGGCAUGUUCUCAUAAAAAAGUUGAGGAAAAGACACUAACAAAACAAAACAAAAGAAAAACAACAAAAAAGUCAAACAGGAUGCCUCAUGGUUUGUUGCUGUAAUUUUACCAGACAGUGUUAAAUAUUCAUUUCAGUUCUUUUAAAAGAAAAGAUAAGUGUUAUGCUUUCAAAACAUCAUAUUUUUUUCUUUCUUGUCUUGCUUUCAAUGAUAAUAGUUACUGGCAGACUAGUUUUUGAACAAAAAAAAACAAAAAAACAUUCACAUUUUGUACGUUUUCAUAUGAGCUAACAUAGUGUGAUGUAAUGUUUUUAGCCGCUCAUGUAUGCACAUUUUUAGUGUAUAUUUCGGAACAGUAAGGCAAAUCAUAUCAGACAUAGGUACUUUUUAAUGCUAGCUGACAGAGUGGCAUAAGCUGAGGAGGUUACCUUGACCUUGAUGAUGAAAAUUAAAAUAUAUCUAUAUAUCACUGAGGACAUACAAGGAGGUAGCUACUUUUUAAAUUUGUUUCUCCUCAUCCGAUGAUUUAAUGGAAUUUUCAAUGAGAUUUUUGUGUGUAUGUGUCCAAGCAAGACUUGGUUGUAAAUUGCUUUAUUUUUUAACAAUGCUUGAAAACUCUUUUGUCUUUUGUUAAAAAAAAUAUAUAAAUUUGGUGGCGGCGAGUGGGGGCACUUCAAAAAGAUGUUGGAAAUGAGCAUCGAAAAGAAACUGACUUGAUGUAUGAAUGUUACAGUUUUAUUGUAAACAUCAUGACACGGAAACCCAAUGGUGAAAAUCCCAUUAUCUAGUAAGGACUAUUCUCUUCAGUAGAAAAAAACAUCUUUAUUUUGCUUUAGUAGAUAGCCAUUAUCACUCAAUCAGCAACAAGGUGAUGGCAAUUUAGACUCCAAGCAUCAUCCUAGCAUGAACUUUUACUUAUGUUUAAUUUUCAAAAUGGCAGUAGUAGUUAGAAUCGGGCAGCGUCUCAGCAAUAUUAAAUCACAUGUUUAUAGAUAUGGGAUGCAAUCUACAUGGAAAACAGUUUGGGUAUAUGCAAUUUCUUGUUUGUAAACAUAGUGGGAGAACUGAUAAAUCUUUUUACUAUAUGUAAAAUAUUAAUUUUUAUAUAAAUCUUUUAAUACAAAAAAUGUUUUAGAAAAGGGAGGGAUACAAACAUUCAGUUUAAAAGGUGAGAGGUAAAUUGUUCUUUCUGAGUUCCUCUUUCUUUUAUGUACAAUUUUGCACAGGGACACCUUCGUUUCCAUGUUUUGAUGUUUUUACAGAAACUUAAGCAGUACUUGAGAGCCUAAAUCGAGACACAAGGUUUUUGUAAAGAAUAUAUAUGUAGAGAAUGAGAGCGGGACUUACAGGGUCAUUGUCCCCACUUAUGUGCCAGUAGACUAUUUGCACUUGUCCUAAAGAUAUAUCCUAAUAAGCGGCGCUGUGCAAUUUCCAUGUGUCUCUUGGCACGCGAUUGGAAGAAAAAAAAACUGCAAGGAGUAUCAACAGUAUCAUGGAGGGAGACUACAGGGAUUUCCAAUCAAAAUAACGCCGAUACUGAUAACAGUAAUAUUAUCAAUUAGAUGACAAUUAUAUAAUUUCAUUUUGGUAUGUUAUAUGAUUAUUGAAUAUCCCCAACUGCACUUUAUAUCUAAUCACUGUACAAAAUGGUCAAAUAAUCAAUGAAAAGGUAUUAAAGAUGGAAAAUCUCUUUUUAUUUGCCAGUAGACUAAAAUCUUAAACACACUCUGUAGUUAAUCUUUGGGGUGAUGCAGUUCUAGGUCUGUGGGCGCCCCCUCCCCAAUUUCUGUUGUGCUAUUAGUUGUUAGCGACCAUGUUAAAAAUUUGCCUUUUUCGAGAGCUAAUGCAAAGGUGCUUGUCGUUCACCUGAUCUCAUGUAUUGUACUUUAUGUCCUCUUUUAGGACUCCAUCCUCCAUAGCUGCAUAUGCCUUCCUCCACAGCAUUGUGUCUGAAGCUUUUUGCCAAUAUAGUAAUGCUUUCAGUAGAGUAAUAGCUAGUAUCAGUUUUUUAAUUAUCAUCAGUACAAUGGAAAGGGAUUUUAAGCACAAACCUGCUGCUCAUCUACUGUUGGUACAUAAUAUCAAAUUUAAAAAAGAUAUCUGUGACUAUUUACAUAGGGAACACAAAAAGGUAUCACAUAUUAGAAUGCUGAAAUUUCAUAUAAAUUAUUGUGAAUUCAUCAGAGUUUAUUUAUUCUAACUUGUUCAUUUGGAGGUUAAUUUAAGUACUCAUUAACAAGACAGGAUUUUGUAUAAACUAUUGUGCUCUCCGUGGAACUGAAGUUUAAUUUAUUUUUGUACUACACAGCAUGGAUUUGUUGACAUUUUAAUUUUGCUAUAAAUGUGUGAGAUCACAAGUUGCUGUGAUAUUUCAUUUUUAAAUUGUGAAAUUUGUACAAUUUUUGUCAUGCUGGAUGUUGACACAUCUUACUCUGAAUAAAGAAAUAUUGUGUUGCCACAA